AUGAGAGGUUUAACAGGAGGUGACAAUCAAAAAAUCCUAGAAACUUCAUAUCGCGUCUCGCUUUUAAUUGCGAAAUGUGGUGCAGCGGAGACGAUUGGCGAAGCUUUAAUCAAGCCGGCUGCCAAAAUAAGUGCAGAAGUAAUGAUAGGUGAUAAAGCAAAACAAACUCUUGAUCGUGUACCCUUGUCAAAUAAUACAGUUCAUCGACGAAUAAUUGAUAUGGCCAAUAAUAUGAAACAGAUGUUAUUGUCUAAUAUUUCUCAAAGUCGUUAUUAUGCAUUACAAGUCGAUGAGUCCACUGAUUUCACAAAUUUUGCAAAUCUUAUGGCGUUUGUUAGAUACGAAAAGAACCAAGAAAUUCACGACGACUUUUUAUUUUGCCAGCCUUUAUUAGGUCAUACAACAGGAGAAGAUAACUUUAACGUUAUGAAUAAAUUUAUGCAAGAUAACAAAAUUAGUUGGACUAAAUGUGUUGGAAUAAGUACAGAUGGUGCAAAAAGUAUGGUCGGCAUUAAUAAAGGACUCAUUGCAAAAAUUCAGAAGGUUGCACCAAAUGUCAAGUCCACACAUUGUUGCAUUCACAGAGAGGCUUUGGCAACACGUAAGAUGCCUGCUGAUCUGCAAAAAGUUCUUGAUGAAAGCGUGAAAAUCGUUAAUUAUAUUAAAGGUCGACCUUUAAACGCAAGACUUUUUGCACAAAUGUGUGAAGAAAUGGGAAGCAGCCAUACCCAACUGCUUUUUCAUACUGAUGUACGUUGGCUAUCUCGGGGAAAAAUUUUAAGUCGAUUAUUUGAACUGAGACAAGAACUUCAAGUUUUUCUUAAUGAUAAAUUUGAACUGAAAAAGUGUCUACAUGACUCAACGUGGCUAUCCAAACUGGCAUACUUAGCAGAUAUAUUCUCUAUUUUAAAUGGACUCAAUUUAUCAUUACAAGGUAAAGAUAUUUCAUUGUUUCAUGUCCAAGACGAAGUAAACGCUACAAUUGAAAAAUUAAAGUUAUGGAAAACUAGAGUUAAUAAUGGAGAGCUAGAUUCGUUUCCCUCUCUUCACGAGUUUGUAAUAAAAUCAUCUGAUAAAAUUGAUACGGAUGUUCUGAAAUGUUUAACAGAACAUUUGGACGGAUUACAAGAGAACCUGAAAAAUUAUUUUCCGGAUUUAACGACAAACCUCGAAUGGAUAAGACAUCCGUUUAAUAUUGAUUCAUCUGCCAUGCCAGAUAAUUUAUCUAAUGUGGAACAAGAACAGCUCUUGGAGUUAUAUGCAGACGGAUUUUUGAAAAAUAAACAUAAAGAGUGUUCUUUAGCAUCUUUUUGGCUGCAAAUGCAACAACUAUAUCCGAAUUUAACAGAAAAAGUGUUAAAACAUGUUUUGCCAUUUCCAACAUCAUAUCUAUGUGAAGUUGCGUUUUCAGCAUUAGUCGAUAUUAAGUCGAAAAAAAGAAGCAGGAUUUUGGAUGUGGAGCCGCAUCUUCGAUUAAAAUUAUAA